CUCCAUUAAUGCCGCCAUCAAACACCUCGCCCAUCUCUACUUACAAGCGGAGCGCCAGCUUGAGCUUCUCGGCUCGGGCCGGCCGUCGCGUCCAUCCACCACCCACCCUCGUCGGGCGAGCUCCGCCCCUCGGGUAUCCCUUGAGCUGGAGGUGGGUGACGCUGUAAAGGCAAGGCCGCCUGCCUCCCUCGAUGAUGAUCCACCUCGCGCGCGGUCUUGAUCUUUGGCCUUUGACGUGCUGUGCUGCGUGUGGUUUGUAGGUGGUGGUGGAUCACCUGUUCUUGGGAGUUGGGAUUGUCCACUACUCAGUGGGGGUUGUGUGGGGUGCUUGGUUCUUGGUUGGUGAGCGGCGCUUGAUGCGGUUUCGCGCGUGGCGGAGUCGUCGUGAAAACCUCGCGCUCAAGGUGCUCGAUCAAUUGCCGCGGAGAGCGCACAGGUUUUGGUGCUGAAUUCCGGGUGUUUCGCGGGAGGAGGGCAGAUGGUCGGGAGCGUGCACGCGAAUGGGUCGGCGAACGGCGGCAGUGGCAGUGGCGCGGAGGAGAGGCUCGACGAGCUGCGGCGGCUGCUCGGCAAGCCCGACGGCGACCUGCUGAAGAUCGUCGGCAUCGGCGCCGGCGCGUGGGGGAGCGUCUUCGCGGCGCUCCUGCAGGACGCGUACGGCCACUUCCGGGAGAAGGUACAGGUGCGGAUCUGGCGACGGCCGGGGAGGUCGGUGGACCGCUCCACCGCCGAGCACCUGUUCGAGGUGAUCAACUCCAGGGAGGACGUGCUGAGGCGGCUCAUCCGCCGGUGCGCCUACCUCAAGUACGUCGAGGCGCGCCUCGGCGACCGGACGCUGUUCGCCGACGAGAUACUGCGGGACGGGCUCUGCCUCAACAUGGUCGAGACGCCGCUCUGCCCCUUGAAGGUGGUCACCAACCUGCAGGAAGCCGUGUGGGAUGCCGACAUUGUGGUGAACGGCCUGCCGUCCACCGAGACGAGGGAGGUGUUCGAGGAGAUCAGCCGGUACUGGAAGGAGCGGAUCAGCGUUCCCGUCAUCAUUUCGCUUGCCAAGGGGAUAGAAGCAUCCUUGGACCCAAUCCCUCGGAUCAUCACGCCUACACAGAUGAUCAGUUCUGCAACCGGAGUUCCAACUGAGAAUAUACUAUAUCUUGGAGGCCCAAAUAUCGCCUCAGAGAUUUAUAACAAAGAAUACGCAAAUGCUCGAAUCUGUGGAUCUGACAAGUGGAGGAAACCGCUUGCUAAGUUUUUGAGGCAACCACAUUUCGUUGUCUGGGAUAACAGUGAUCUUGUUACACAUGAGGUGAUGGGUGGCCUGAAGAAUGUCUACGCCAUUGGUGCUGGAAUGGUUGCAGCUUUAACAAAUGAGAGCGCAACAAGCAAGUCAGUGUAUUUUGCUCAUUGCACGUCAGAGAUGAUAUUCAUUACUCAUUUGCUCACGGAACAACCUGAGAAACUUGCUGGCCCUCUACUGGCUGAUACUUAUGUUACUCUACUGAAAGGUCGCAAUGCGUGGUAUGGCCAAAUGCUAGCAAAGGGAGAACUGAGCCCUGACAUGGGUGACAGCAUCAAGGGGAAGGGGAUGAUUCAGGGUAUCUCUGCUGUUGGUGCAUUUUUUGAGCUACUCAGUCAACCCAGCUUAAGCGUGCAACACCCUGAGGAAAAUAAGCAAGUUGCUCCUGCUGAACUGUGCCCGAUCUUGAAGAGGCUUUAUAGAAUACUGAUAAAAAGGGAGCUCUCGACAAGAGAUAUUCUUCAAGCCCUGAGAGAUGAAACUAUGAAUGAUCCUCGCGAAAGGAUUGAGAUGGCCCAAAGCCAUGCAUUCUACCGCCCGUCUCUCCUAGGAAAACCGUGACUUGUUCAUCCUGUAUAUGAUUAGAAUAUAAACAAGGUUGGAUGAGACCUAUUUUGACAUGCUUAGCAUCAUUCAUGAUUAAGCUUGGUGAAGAUUUGUCGCCGGCUUGUGCGUGAAUUCCACGGGGCUUAUUUUCUGGAAGUGUUUCUACUUCUUAGGUUAUCAUGUUGUGUUGUUGUACAACAGUACAAGACAGCAUGGAGUCAAUAAAUUGUCGUAGUCUCCAACUAUAAGUCCCACUGGAUCAAAGAAGUUGAGAAAAUAUUCCUUUCUUGUAAUUAUUAUCCUUCGUUUUUCCUUGUUGCUCCAGUAUUUCUGGGCGAUAAAUGAUGAAUCCAUGUAUGUCCUGCAACAUUUAAUUGAAUUUAUCUUCCUCGCAUUGUCAUUGUUUCACCCAUAUGAUGGGAAUGUUAAUAUGAUAUUCGUGGCAAACUA